AUGGGCUGUUAUCUUCUUCCUCAAGGAUUAUCGGAUGAUAUUGUUUCUGCACUCCGGGACUAUUGGUGGUCAGGUCGCACUUUUGACCGGGGUUGGCCAUUGGUUGCUUGGUCCUCGCUAUGUCGCCCGAAUCGUGUUGGAGGUCGGGGGUUCCGUGAUCUUCGUGCGAUUAAUGUGGCUCUCCUUGGUCGCCAACUUUGGCGUCUCCUUCAUUCGCCCAACAGCCCGGUUAGUCGUGUUUUUGCUGCCAAAUAUUACCCCCGCGGUCAUCUCCUUUCAGCAGAGUUAGGUCCCCGACCUUCGUAUGCCUGUCGAAGCCUUCACCGUGCCGCUACUUCUUUGUCAGAUGGUUUUUACUGGAGGAUUGGUAUCAACAGUACUGUCCGAAUGCACAUGGAUAAUUGA